AUGUCUGGCAAGGAUGGGAAACAGGACCGUGGCAUUGGAAAUCCGCCUUCUUACGAGGAAACUAUGAGACAGGACGCUGCUGCCAGGGAUGCUCAGCGUGGUUACAGCCACACCCCCAGGGUGAACAGUAAGAGAGGGUUUCCAGGAGGCCAGAAGUUGACUUAUCAUGUCUCCAAAAAAGAGUCGUCGGAUUAG